GAUAUGCGAGGUCGCUUGAACACCACCCUCCCGCGAUAAAAACGCGGCGCGCGCGACCGGUCGCGCGUAUUCCGAUCUCGUUUGCUCGGCUACUGACAACGUUGCGAUGCCUCCCCAGCCCAGCGGUAAGGCCGUGAAGAAGGCCGGCAAGGCGCAGAAGAACGUGCGCGCCACCGACAAGAAGAAGAAGAAGCGCCGCAGGAAGGAGAGCUUCUCCAUCUAUAUCUACAAGGUGCUGAAGCAGGUGCACCCGGACACUGGAGUCUCCAGCAAGGCCAUGUCUAUCAUGAACAGCUUCGUGAACGACAUCUUCGAGCGCAUCGCCGCGGAGUCGUCCCGUCUGGCUCACUACAACAAGCGCUCGACCAUCACGAGCCGGGAGAUCCAGACUGCCGUGCGUCUGCUGUUGCCCGGCGAGCUGGCCAAACACGCCGUGUCCGAGGGCACCAAAGCCGUCACCAAGUACACCAGCUCCAAGUAGGCGACCGAGCGCUCGUCCGCCCAGCCCACACCCAACGGCUCUUCUCAGAGCCACCCAAAGUGUCUGCAUUGGCAUUGGGAUGUAGUGAGAAUCUCGACAAUUCCGUCCGUUCCCUCUGUUCGACGCUUCCUCGUAUAGGGAC